AUGUAUCUAGGAGCCAGCUACAUUAUGACACUCGCAUCUCAAUCCAUCAGAUAUGCUCCGGACUCGCGAAAUGCAACAUGGGUGACAGAGGGUGGAUCAUCAGCACGCCAUCACAUCGAAGGCGAGGCCCCGAAAGGCCAGAUUCAACAGAUGGAGAUUCUGUCCAUCGGAAGUGGAGACGAUAAAUUAGCAACAGACCCGCCUCCUGCGUAUGCGGCAUCUCCACAAGGCCACGAGAUAGACCGAGAUGGUUUGCAUGCAAAUGCUAGACCUGCCUCAAAUGGGCGAGUGGACAUCAAAAUUAACACAACUGCGGGACGAGUCAGCAAACUCUGGGCAUCCUCGCUGGAAAUCGACCCAGAUACCGGGCAUGAUGCUUCUUCGCGAGCCUCAGACUCUGACACCGUCGCAGCGCCGAGAAUGAACAUUGUCAUGCAAAUCGUCGGCUCUCGGGGAGACGUUCAGCCUUUCAUAUCUCUAGGUCUUGCGCUCAGCCAGUACGGUCAUCGAGUGCGUAUAGCUACCCACCCGGUCUUCCGAGACCUUGUCGAGGGUCAGAAGCUGGAAUUUUUCAGUAUCGGUGGAGAUCCCGCGGAACUCAUGUCCUUUAUGGUCAAGAACAGGGGGAUCGUGCCCAACUUUGAGGCGAUUCGCAAAGGCGAGGUGCAAAGAAGGAGGAAAGAAAUUCGUGACGUCAUGCAAAGAUGCUAUUCAUCCUGCUUCGAAGCUGGAGAUGGAAUGAGUGCUGACAAUCUUGCUACCGUCGAACCAUCGGCAAUACCGCGAGUAGAGCCAAGGCCGUUUGUUGCGGAUGCAAUCAUAGCUAAUCCACCCAGUUUCGCUCACGUACACUGCGCAGAGAAGCUGGGAAUACCCCUCCACUUGAUGUUUACCAUGCCUUGGUCUCCUACACGGUCAUUCCCCCACCCGCUCGCGAACAUCACAUCUUCGAAUACCGAUAUCAGCAUGACAAACUACUUGUCUUAUGUGUUAAUGGACACAAUGACAUGGCAAGGGCUCGGUGAUGUUAUAAACAGGUUUCGACAUAAGAUCUUGGGCCUUCGACCCGUGGAUCCAAGUUGGGCGCCGGGAAUGAUCCCGCGCUUGAGGAUUCCCUUCACCUACUGUUGGUCUCCAGCACUGAUACCAAAGCCUCGAGACUGGGGCUCGAACAUUUCCGUUGUCGGCUAUUGUUUUCUACCCUUGCGUUCAAAUUACACACCAUCUCCCGACCUGGUGUCUUUCCUUGAGAACGGGCCUCCUCCAAUCUACAUUGGGUUUGGCUCCAUCGUGGUUGAAGACCCAGAAGGUCUUACCGCAAAGCUUUUUGAGGCUAUUCGCCUUGCGGGGGUUCGAGCAAUUGUCUCCAAAGGCUGGGGCGACCUGGGAUCGUCAGUAAUCGCAACUCCACCCGACGCCUUCAUGCUCGAUAAUUGUCCUCACGAUUGGCUUUUCGAGCGUGUGAGCUGCGUUGUUCAUCAUGGCGGCGCCGGAACCACUGCUGCUGGUAUCGCCGCAGGGAAACCAACGAUCGUGGUACCUUUCUUCGGUGACCAACCCUUUUGGGGCGAGAUGAUUGCUCAAGCAGGUGCCGGCCCUCACCCUAUCCCAUUCAGACACCUUGGAUCCUACAAUCUGGCAGCUGCGAUCAAAUCGGCGUUGGCACCUGAAGUUUCCAAAAAAGCACAAGCGCUGGGAUGUCGGAUCAGCGAAGAGCAAGGACACAUGGCGGGCGUCAGAAGUUUUCAUCAGCGUUUGCCCUUGGAGACCAUGCGAUGCUCCUUGGCGCCUGACCGGGUCGCCGUGUGGCGCCUUGAAAGGACGGACGUCAGGCUCAGCGCUUUGGCUGCUACCGUGCUUAGGAAGAGGGGUUCGAUCGACUUUAGCAAGUUGCAGCCGUACGUAUCGGAAUUCGUGCUUGUUCUCAUCGCUAACAUAUCCAGAAUGCGGACCUGCGAGAUUAACCUCGACCACGGCCCCUGGGAGCCAGUCUCCGGGGGUGGGCUCGCUAUCGCGCAUCUCUUCUACGACGUUUUCAAAGGCAUUGGAGAGAUGGGGUCAGGAUUCACCGGUACGCUCGGUAGGCCUUACACUCGUACCGCACAGCCAUCAACGGAAGCCUACGGCGGAGCUGCAGAACCCUCAAUCUCCCACACUCAGGUGCAGGUGCCGUUCCCGUCGGCUAAAGACGCGGUUCUGGGCUUUGGUCCAAUCAAAGGAACAGGGCGGAUGAUGAAAGCCAUAGCUCGUGCUCCUAUGGCUUUCACUGUCGCUCUCGCGCAAGGGUCGCAUAACGCUCCUAGGCUCUGGGGUGAUACUACCGUUCGGCCUACCGAAAAGAUCACAGGACUGGGUAGUGGAUUGAAAGCUGCCGGUAAAGAGUUUGUUCUAAGCACCUACGACGGCAUCUCAGGGCUCGUCAUGCAGCCCGUUAUAGGUGGCCGUGAAGACGGCGUUUUAGGUGCCGCAGAGGGGUUCGCAAAGGGCAUCAUCGGUCUGCCUGUGAAAUUUCUGGCUGCUGCGAGUGCAGUGGUUGGAUACCCGAUGAAAGGAAUCGAUGCGGAAGUAAGCAAGCUCUUCCGCGCAACCGAAUCAGAGGCCAUCCGUGUUUCGAGGCUUGUGAUGGGAGAGAUGGAUUAUGAAGCAGCAGAUGAGACUGAGAAAAAGCGUGUGAUUGAGUGCGACGGACGCAGGCCAAAGUGCGGGCACUGCCUGGCAAAAAACCUUGACUGUCAGUAUGAAGCUGGGAAGGACAAACGAAAAAUUCCUUUGCGGAAAGUUGUCGAGGUCUGCACCGAGCGCAUCAGGCAGCUUGAAGACCACAUUAUCGCCCUAGGGGCGGAAGUUCCCCGCCCGCUAUCGGUGCAAGAUGAAACUCUCCUUGCUGAGAUUCGCAACGGUAUGGCACCGGGUCGAUCCGGGGAAGUUGCGUCGCCAACCCAGGAUCAGAACCUAUUCCACUCUGCCCAAGAGGCAAAUACAGCCGCGUCGCCUCUAGGAAACGCUUUGUCUGGGUCAUUUGAUAACGUCCCGCCAGCAACUCGAAAUGACGAGGGCGUAUGGGAUAGCGGGCAGGACUCCAGUCCGCAAUGGCCUCCCACCGCUGCUCGAGCUGAGGCACCGUUCAACGUCGACUUUGAGAUGCCUUUUCUCGCAGACUAUCCCAUGUCAGUUACAGACGCUUUCGACUGGCCAUGGAACGAAUCUCAAGCAGAUGCUUUUCUCCAAAGCGUGCCUGCCGCUGACCCAGCAUUCGUGGAAAUGCCUCAAGACGCGAUCAACGCUUCGAGUUCUUCCUGGGAUGUUCUCAAUGAUGACGUGAGAGCCUCUACGGACGAUGACAGCGAGGAUGAGAUCAUUGAACAGCUCUCAUUGCGACUGGGAGACUUGUUCCUCGUUGAUGACGACACAUUUAGAUAUCUAGGCGCGACGUCGAAUAUGACUCUAGCUCAAAAUUGGUCGUUCCGGGACGUUAUGGCACAGCAGAGACCUCGAAAGCAGUCAACGGACUCGGCCACAGUCCCAGCGCUGGAUGAAGUGCUCGACAAUCACUUGGAACAUCUCUACUUUCGCUGGCAAAAUCCCUUUCUACACAUAGUGGACCGGGAGGUCUUCGUAGAUAGCCGGACGCGAGCAAACAUGGGUCAGCCCAACAACUUCUACAGUGACGCUUUGAAAUAUGCCAUCGCGGCAAUCGCCACUAUUGUUGACGCCAGGACGUUCGCUGAGUCACCAGCCGCGGUGUCACAAAAAUAUGCAGACUACGCAAUCUCUCUGUUAGAAUCCGAAUACGAUUGCCCAAGUAUCGCCACCGUGCAGACCCUCGCGAUUCUCAGCUGCUACGAGGCAACCAGAACGCACGACACUCGGGGUUGGCUGUACGCCGGAAUGGCCUCAAGACUAGCUUUUGAUCUCGGCCUCCACAUCAACACAACAGCUCACGUAAAUGCGGGAAAGAUGACCAAGGAGGUUGCGAGAGCGCGAGAGGCCACCUUCCGGGGCACAUAUGUUGUCAAUCAACUCUGGACAUUCUAUCUAGGGAGACCACUGCAUGAGCCUACAGGCGGGCUGUUAUCUCGGCCUGUGCAAAGUGUGCAGCAAGAAACGCCGCAUCCCGUUUGGGCCCCCUACCGAAGAGCAACAAGAAUGGCCGACGUACCGAUACCUGAUUGUCCAUCGACUCUGUUCAGCCAUUACUUGAGUACUCUCUGCUCUGAGAUCUCAUCGCUUGCGCUUACGCUGUUAGUCCCUAGCCGCGGAGUUUCCAAUGACGAGCUGAUGGAAUCGGCGCAGAAAACCUUCCACGCAUUGCAGCGAUGGAAGUCAACCUUACCGCCGCAGCUGAGGUUCGACGCUUCGCAUCAUCAAGAAAUUCCAACGCCGCAUAUACUGCUGCUUCAUAUUCAGUAUCAUGCCUUCAUCAUCAUCCUGCAUCGACCAUUCGUCUCCAAGCACGAAAACCAACCGUACCCACCACGCGGGGAGGGCCCUUUCCACGCUCGGAACAUGUGUGUUGAAUCUGCAACCGAGAUUGCGAAGAUCAUGAUGAUGUACGAGACACAAUAUUCGCUAUCAAUUGCUGCAACGCCAGUAGUCCACGCAGUGUUCACGGCUGCCCUUAUCCUUGUGUACGCAACCAUUUCGGAGACGAACCGUGAGCGUCACACGAAGCUAUUGAACCACCUCUCAACAUGCUGUCGCGCCCUCUCAGAAUUGGGACACCGGUACAACAAUGCCGCCCGGGCACUUGAUGCUUUGCUGGCUAUCAAACGCCACUGGCAAGGUAUUUUGCUGGUCGGUGCUGGUCGUAAACGAUCCUCCUCGGCACAUACGAAUCAGGAAGCUGCAGCAUUGAGAAAGAAGUGGAAACGUGACGCGCAUCCAUUCAGCACACUCUCGCCGGGUGCUACUGCGGGCAAUGUUCAGCAUCAUCUAACUGAAAACGCCUAG